AUGGACGUGGAUACAGAUGACGUUUGGUCAGACACGUCCCAAGAAGAGGAAGAGGAGCUUGCUCUCCCCAUACAGUCACGGGCUUACCAAAUUGAAAUGUUCGAACAUAGCAUGAAGGGCAACAUCAUCGCAGUCAUGGGCACUGGCAGCGGCAAGACACAGGUGGCCAAGCUUCGAAUCGAGGUAGAGUUGCAGCGCUCGCCCAACAAGAAAGUCUGGUUUACGGCACCCAGUGUGGUUCUUGCCUACCAACAGUACUCUUUCCUGUCACAACAGUUGCCCGCAUUUCAGUUCCGACUCAUAACCGGCAUGGACAAUGCAGAGUUCUGGGACACGCAAGAGGUGUGGGACAAGGCUUUGUACAAUGUCCACGCGGUGGUUUGCACUCCUGCAAUCUUGCUUCAAGCGCUCAAUGCCGGCUUUGUGACCAUGAGAACCAUUUCCUUGCUUGUCGUCGACGAGGCUCACCACUGUGUGGGCAAAUCGGCGUCCAGAACUACUAUGCAGCUGCACUAUCAUUCCCUCAAGUCUUCCUCCGCGACACACGAGCUACCAUGUAUCAUGGGGCUCUCGGCCAGCCCGAUCACCAAGAAGGACAAGGCUGAAAUCCGCCAGCUCGAGGUCAAUCUUGAUGCGCAGUGCAAAUUCCCUGUUCAGCAGCUGGAAGAGUAUACCGCCUUCGUAAACCUGCCCCAGCUUGAGACAUUGACCUUUGGCGAACAGUUGCUGCCACCUCCCACGAUCUUGACUCGCCUGUCGCAGAUCGUGUCAAAUAUACAGGUUGCAGACGAUCCAAUCACCAAAUUGUUGCGCGAAAGCGCCGACUACAAGGCCCGAGAGAAGCUCGAAAAGAUCUUGAGAAAGAAUGCCACCCCGGCCAUGAUGGAGCUGCAGGGGCUUCUGAGGUCGGCUACCACCAUUCAUCGAGAUCUUGGAAGCUGGGCCUGUGGUGCUUACAUCACGACCUGUGUUCGCAAGCUCCAUGCGGCAGUGUCCCAUGACACGGGCCUUCAGCUCCACGCGAAACCACCGCACGACAAUCGCCGUUUCAUGGAUUCUAGCCUUCAGCCGUUGCAUGGUUUGCUCGGGCCGGGCCAUGACCAUGUGCCUGCUAGGGAAAAUCAUUCGGAAAAGGUCCAGGUCUUGCUCGAUUUUCUGGGCCGAGAGUAUCGAGACAGCCUGAGGGGCCUCAUCUUUGUCCAAGCAAGACAUACAGCCUGGGCUCUCACCGCAGUCAUCAAUAACGACCCUGCGAUGCAGAAUUACCGGGCCUUCUCGUUCGUGGGCGUGUCGAACGCUGCGUAUCAAGGCACCUUCGAUUUUGCCCAGCUGCACGCUCAAAAUGAAAAUCUUGAGAGAUUCCGGCGCGGAGAGCUCAACCUGUGCAUAGCGACCGCGGUGCUCGAAGAAGGCAUCGACGUGCCCGCCAUGAACUUGGUGAUCUGCUUUGACGAGCGUCCGAAUUUUCGGAGCUUUGUGCAGAGUAGAGGAAGAGCCCGACAAGCGAAUUCCAAAUUCGUGCUUUUUCGUUCCCAGCUCGAAGCUCCGAGCAAGAUGAAGAAGUGGCACGAUUUGGAGUUGGACAUGAAGGAAGAAUCUGAGUCUUCGAUACAGCAGCUGGAACAACGCCAGCGUCUGGAAUGGAUCGAGGAGCCUGACGGUACCGUGUUCCGGGUUCCAUCGACCGGAGCCACAUUGACGUUCGACAAUGCCCGGCAGUUGCUACAGCGGUUCUGUGCCAAACUGCCCAAGAAGGGCGAUUCCGAACGAACCGACCUGGCAUUCUGUAUCGACGGCGAGAUUGGGGUCGAGCUGUCUGCAAAGGUCUACCUCCCGACGUGUCUCCCGGCAAAUCUCCAAGUCGCAUGCUCCAAGUCAAGCUGGCGGACCGAGAAAAUGGCGAAGAGGGACGCUGCGUUCCAGGCGUACCUGGGGCUCUAUGAGGCCGGCCUGGUCACGGACAACCUCCAACCCCUGCAGUUGCGAGAUGAAAGCAAUGGAGAGGAGCAGCAUGACUCGAUAUACGGUCAAGGUACGGAGAAAAGAGAGAGCACUUAUGCUGUCAGCCAGCAGAACGACCCGUGGCCCCAGGUAAUGGAGAGUUGGGCGAGUUCUCAUGCCGUCUACGCACACCGGCUGCAAGUCAAAGACGGGGACGGCUUUAUGCCUGCCCUUAACCUGCUCCUUCCAGCGAAGCUGUCGGACACCGCAUUUCCCUUAUAUCCUUCGCACUCAGACCGUGUGCAGGUGUCUCUAGGCCCGGGGAAAGAAGUGCCUGGCGACUACCCUGUGGACCUGGCCCGAGAGAUCAGUCUACACCUGCUGGCCACCGUGCUUGGAAGAAGGCUGCACGGCUUUCGGAAAGACCAGUUUCCUUUUCUCCUGGUGCCGGACCUGGAGCCGCAAAUGCUCCAAUCAUGGUAUGAGAGCGUCUCCGUCAGCCGUCUGCUGACGGAUUUCCGUACGAUCAGUGCCGGGCAGGAGUAUCUGGUGCUACCGAGCCAGGAACAGAUCCCCUAUGUCUAUCAGCUGCAAGCGGGCGAUUUCAGGGCCGGGGCCAUCUGCAACGGAACUGAUUUUGACCGUGAAGACCUCGAAAUCACCGCCACCAGACUCUCGAGGAGGCUGGACUUCCUGUCUCCCGCCGCGACUCCCGCUCCAGCUCAACCGCGAUGCUUGGCGGUGAGUGGAUGCGCGCUUCUCGGGCUCCCCGUCGCAUACGCGCGUCUCAUCUUGCUGGUGCCCUCGAUCACACACAUGCUGGAACUCUCUCUGCGCUCCACAGCAGCCUGCCAUGGACCGUUGGCGGGACUUGGCUUUCGGGACAUUGACCUGGUGGCCGAAGCGCUGACUUUGCCGAGGGUGGGCAGUCGAAACUACCAGCGUCUCGAGUUCCUCGGCGACGACCUGCUGAAAUUCUAUGCGUCGAUCCAAGUCUUUGUGGACGGGCCCAACCUUCCGGAAAGCCUGCUGACGAUCGCUCGCGGCCGAAUCGUCUCCAACGCCCGCCUGCAACGCGCGACUAGAACCGUCGGGCUCGACCCGUUCCUCACCCAGCACAGAUUUGCCGGGACCAAAUGGACGGCGGGAGUGAGCCGAGAAAGCCAUCCGGACGAAUCAUCCACCAAUACCAAAACUCAUCUUUCUUCCAAGGUGCUGGCCGACGUGGUUGAGGCGCUCAUCGGCGCCGCGAGCUUGGACGCGGCGAUUGAGAGCAUUCCUGGCCCCGAGGCCGAAGAGAAGGUCAUUCGUGCUCUGCAGCUUUUCAUCGACGAAGUGCCCUGGAGGCCUUUGUCGGAGAACGUGGCCAGAGUAUCUAUCAUGGAGGACGAUUCCGUGGUCGACGGCGGCCGGAGAGAGUCGCUCGACCGGGUCGAGUCUCUGAUCGGGUACACCUUCCAGCACGGUGCUCUGCUGGCCGAAGCACUCACCCAGUCCUGGGUUGGAGGCGGAGGCGGGGUGUCAUCCUACGAGAGGCUCGAGUUCCUGGGCGAUGCGGUGCUCGACCACAUUGUCAAGACGCGAUUGUUCCGCAGCUCGCUGCAGCUCGACCCGGAACAGAUGACGCUCCGGCGCCACGCGCUCGUCAGCCACGCGACGCUGGCCUUCUUCGCCUGUCAGACCUCAUACACCUGCCGCGCCCUCGAGCUGACCACCGACCCACUGACGCGGGAAACGGUCGAUCGCGAGUCGACCCGGACCGUCUACCUGUUCGACCAUGUGCGACGGGUCGGCAGCCGCGAGGACGCCGUGUCUCGUGAUGCCACGCUGGCAGCGUACAGCGACGUGCGCUCCGCCAUCGUCCACGCUUUCACCCAGGGCCGGAAAUUCCCCUGGAUGGAGCUGCUGCACCUCGGUGCGCCCAAGAUGUACUCGGACGUGGUCGAGUCCAUCCUGGGAGCAGUCUUUAUCGACUCGCGCGGCGACCUCGGCGCCUGCACGCGCGUCCUGCAGACCAUGGGCUUCAUGGAUCUCGUUGACCGGUUCACCGUCGUGCCCGAACAAGACCUGGAUCUCCGCCACCCCGAACAAACCCUCAGUCUGGUCCUCCCGGGCUGUGAGCUUAUGGCACGCCAGACGAAGCGCAGUAGAGCGGGCGCGGGAGCGGGCGCGGGAGCCGCCUGGUGGUGCAAAGUCAUGCUGGACGGCGAGAGGAUCGCGCACGCCAAAAACGCAUCUUGCAAGGACGAGGCGCAGUGCCGGGCCGCCGCGCGCGCGGUCGAUAUCCUCUCAAAUCGGCCGAAGACCGAACCCGGAAAUGGAGAUCAGGGGCUUAAGACUUAUGGGUCGAAGAAGCGGGAUCAUGGUGUUAUGGCGGCUUAG